AUGGCAAACUUUCAUCCCCUCAAUUUUAUACCAAAGCACCGCCAGGCCCAGAUUCUGGAGUCACCAGUGCAGUCUCUGAUUGCUGUGCCACACAGCAAAAAGGCUAACACAAAUCAUUGGUGUCUCUACCUCUUGACAUCCGACCGGAGCUCUGUCAGAAUCGAUUGCCAGCCUAGCUACUCCGUCCCAAGUACCAUUCUCCCUGGAGGCUCCAAAGCCUAUGUAAUCAUCUCUGAGCUGUCAUAUACUGUGUCCAAGGAUGCUCAAGCACAAUUUCUUCUUGGAGUCGCCCCCGGCCUGAAGGUCAGGCAUUUUUACGAUUUGCUGAUCGAGAAUGGACGGCACAAAUACGAAUUCGAUUCAAACGGAGUUGGUUGCAGAUUUUGGACGACGGAUCAGAUCAAUCUGCUACACCAGCAUCGGCUUAUCACGGACACGGCACAAGUUACAGUUGCAAAGAACGGGAUUCUUAAACUGUGGCCUGAUCAGACACCCCUCGAACUCGACCGGGGAGCCUACUACUAG